GGCCUCCUCACCACCACAGCCACGAGGAGGAGAAGACGACGCGCCGCCGCCACAGCUCGCGUCGCGUCUGCGCUCUCCUAGCGCCGUGCGGGGGUUUAGCUAGGGUUUUCCGCUUGCGGCGGCGGCGGCCAUGGAAGGGGAGGAGAUUGGCCUCGUCCUCGCCCGCGCCUCCGACCUCCGCUCCAGGAUCUCCGCCUGCGUCGCCGCGGCCGGAGCCAGGGAGCCGCCGGAGGGCGAGGGCGAGGGCGGGGAGGCGGUGAAGCGGCUGUGCGAUGGGGAGGAGGGGGAGGAGGAGGAGGAGGUGGAGAGCCUGGUCGGUAUCAGCAACGCGCUCGAGUCGCUCGAGCGGCAGCUCGCCUCUCUGCAGGACCUCCAACACCAACAAAGAUAUGAACGAGAGACCAUUUUGAGCCAGAUUGAUCGCAGCCGAGGAUGUCUUCUUAACAAGCUCAAAGAAUACAAGGGGCAGGACUGUGAAGUAAUACAUGAGGCUGCUUCUUUUGCUGGUGAAAAAAUUGAACAUGAUGAUGGUCUCAUGCUACCUCCGUACUCAAAUCAUGUCACCAAUUCGUUUGUUCUUGAUGAUCUGUAUCCUCCAAGUUACUUGGCCAAGUUAAAGUGUAUGCACAACGGAUUGGGUUCUGGUGGGACUAACCAAGAUGUUACAAAGACAAACAGGCUGGAGAACAGGAAUGGUAGCAUGCCAAACGGCAAUUCACAAGGAGGAAUUAGAUCUUUUGUUGGAUGGCUUGCUAAAACUGCAGUAAUGGUUGUAGGUGCUGUAUCUAUCAUGAAGGCUGCUGGUUACGAGCCAGUGAUAGGAAGACACAGCAUAAAAUUGGAUAUGGCAGGUUUGUUCAGUAAGGAGGCAACCAGUGGAAAAGAUCAGGCUACUGUCCAAUGCCCUCCUGGUAAAGUAAUGGUUCUCGAAGAUGGCAGGGCUCACUGUGUUGUGAAGGAAAGAGUCGAGAUACCUUUCGACACCAACCUCGCCUCUCCAAAUGCAAGUUAUGGGUUAGGCUGAAAUUGGGCUUUUGUCAAUAUUAGGAUUUAGCUAGUCUUUGAGGCCCUUUAUAUGAUCUUCUGUAGAAUGUGCCGAGCACACUUGUCUAAAGAUUGAAGCCUAUGUAUUAUAUCUAUCUAUGAUCGUCCAUGUCUUGCUAAUUGCCCUCGUUGGUGAACUCCAUCAGUAUGCUGCUCAGUUGAUACCAGUAUUAUGUCAUCAGCAGUUUGGUUUCA